AACAGGCUCAAACCAAAACAUUAUUAUGACAUGUAAUUUCAAUUUCCUUCUUUCAGAAAAUCUCCGCUUGUUUCUCUGCAAAUCCGAUAUUUUCUCCACUCUCCCUCUCCGAGUUUUCACAGAUGAUGUCCAUUUUCUUUCUCAAUCUGUAAUCUCUGCUGCUCUCCUCUUCACUUACUUCGCAAUCGAAUGGACGUCAUCUCCGAAGAUUCUUCCGAUUCAACUCAGCGAGUCGACUCGGACAACGACCAGCGAGUCUACUUCGUUCCCUUGAGGUGGUGGAAAGAUACUCAGGAUUCAACAUCUGGGGAGUCAGAUGGGAAUAGAGGGGUCCUCUAUACUGCAACACCAGGAACAUCCUUUGCAGGCCCCAUGAAAUUGUUCAACAACAUAAUCAACUCGGAUCUCAUGUUCAACCUUAGAAGGGAUGGGGAUUCUUUGCGAAAUAGUGAAAAUGGUGAAGUAGGUUGCUCAGGCCGGGACUUUGCAUUGGUCCAGGGGGAAAUGUGGUUGCAGGCACUCAAAUGGCACAUUGAUGCUAGAGCUGCAGUGAAGGGUGGAAAAAGCUUUUCAGCUGCAGAAGAUGAUAUGGCAGAUGUCUACCCUUUACAACUCAGGCUUUCUGUUCAAAGAGAAACAAAUUCCCUGGGAGUGAAAAUUAGCAAAAAGGAUAAUGCAGUUGAACUCUUCAGAAGAGCCUGCAAGAUCUUCAGCCUUGAAUCUGAGCAGUUACGCAUCUGGGACUUUUCUGGGCAGACAACCCUAUUUUUUAUGAAUGACAAGAACAAGUUCUCAAAAGAUCAGGAGAUUCUUCUGGAGUUGCAAAUUUAUGGGUUGUCUGAUUUAGUAAAAUGCAGAGAAGGGAAAAAGGAUGAAUUGUCUUUACAACAUGCUAACCGGACAAAUUCCUUUUCUGGUGUGUCACCUAUGAUGAAUGGUAAUGCUGGUCAUUCAAGCUUCAAUGUUGCACGAAACAAUUCAUCAUUUUGGGGGAAAGCUGGAGAAGCUGGUUCACUGGGUUUGACAGGAUUGCAAAAUCUUGGAAAUACUUGCUUCAUGAACAGCGCCCUUCAAUGCUUAGCGCACACACCAAAGCUUGUUGACUAUUUUCUAGGAGAUUAUGUUGGAGAAAUAAAUCAUGACAAUGCGCUGGGAAUGGAUGGUGAGAUUGCUUUAGCUUUUGGGGAUUUGAUAAGGAAGUUGUGGGCACCUGGUGCCACUGUUGUUGCACCAAGAACUUUUAAGUCAAAACUUGCCCGUUUUGCUCCUCAAUUUAGUGGCUUUAAUCAGCAUGAUUCCCAAGAACUGCUUGCAUUUUUGUUGGAUGGACUUCAUGAAGAUCUUAAUCGGGUAAAGAGUAAGCCUUAUAUGGAAGCCAAGGAUGGAGAGGGUCGACCAGAUGAAGAAGUAGCGGAUGAAUAUUGGCGAAAUCAUUUGGCUCGUAAUGACUCGAUCAUAGUUGAUGUGUGUCAAGGUCAAUAUAAAUCAACAUUAGUUUGUCCUGUUUGCAAAAAGGUCUCUGUUACCUUUGAUCCCUUCAUGUAUCUGUCUCUACCUCUGCCGUCAACAACAAUGCGGACGAUGACUUUAACGAUUGUGAGUAAUGAUGGCACAACUCAGCCAUCUCCAUGUACUGUGACUGUCCCGAAACCUGGAAAAUUUGAAGACCUUAUUCAGGCUCUGGGAACUGCAUGUUCUCUACGGGAUCAUGAGACCUUAUUGGUGGCUGAGAUAUACAACAACCGCAUUAUACGAUAUCUAGAAGAGCCUGCUGAUUCGUUAUCUUUGAUUAGAGAUGGUGACCGAUUGGUUGCAUAUCGAUUAAUGAAAGAUAUGGUCAAAGUUCCUUUAGUUGUAUUUAUUCAUCAGCAAAUGGAAGAGCAGUACUUCAAUGGGAAGCUGACUCCAACUUGGAAGGCAUUUGGAAUCCCUAUGGUAGCAAGGCUUUGUGAUAUAGUCAAUGGGUUCGAUCUCCGCAGUCUGUACUUGAAAUUGAUUGCGCCCUUUCGAUUAUCUGCUGAGAGUAGUGCAGAUGAUUGUGAUUCCACAGAAGGCUGUGCAAUGGAAGAAGCUCCUGGGAGGGAAGAUGGUAGUGAUCCUGUUUUAGAUGGAGAAGGAAAUCCCAUUAACGUGAAACAGGCUUCAUGUACAGAUUCUAAACUAAAAUUCUACCUGACAGAUGAUAAAGGAACUUCAAAGGAGUCUUUGAUAGAAAUGCACGAACCUCUAGCAAUUACAGGAGUAUCCAAGCGGCUUAAUGUGCUAGUAUGUUGGCCAAAAAAGCCGAUUGAACAGUAUGAUACACGUCUUCUUAGCUCCUUACCUGAAAUUUUUAAGUCUGGAUUUUUUGCAAAGAGACCUCAGGAGUCUGUUUCCUUGUAUAAGUGUCUUGAAGCAUUCUUGACUGAGGAGCCUCUUGGUCCAGAUGACAUGUGGUAUUGUCCUGGCUGCAAAACACAUCGUCAAGCUGUUAAAAAAUUAGAUCUGUGGAGACUCCCAGAGAUUCUCGUUAUUCAUUUAAAGAGGUUUUCAUACAGUCGGUUCCUAAAGAACAAACUUGAGACUUAUGUUGAUUUUCCUGCUGAUGAUCUUGAUUUGUCACCAUAUGUUACCCAGUGGAAUUGCCAAUCAUCAGCUCGGUACAUGCUUUAUGCUGUUAGCAAUCACUAUGGAAGCAUGGGAGGUGGUCAUUACACUGCAUUUGUCCAUGUGAAUGUCAUCAGGCUUCUGCUGGUUCAUGUCUCGGCUUUAGAACCUGCUGCUCCUUAGGAAGUUAAAGCUCUGCACGGUGGUGAUCAGUGGUAUGACUUUGAUGAUAGCCAUGUCUAUCCGAUCGGCCAGGAAAAGAUAAAAACUUCAGCUGCUUAUGUUCUUUUCUACAGAAGAGUUGCGGAGGUAUAACAUUAGAUUAGCAUUGUCAAUUUCUGAAGAACUACGUCGAGAUUGACUUAUUAACAGUUUUGCAAUCUUAGACCUAAAAUUCUUUCGAGUCCAUUAUUAACUAUUAACUGUAUCAUGGUGGGAGCUAAAGCAGUAAGACCAUAAAGAGGAGAAUAUUUUUAGUGAAUUUAAGAAGAAAACACAUGUAACUAACUGCUAGAGGAAGAAUGUUUAGCUUUUUAUUAGAACAUAGGAAUUUUUUCUAAGAAGGGGUUUGCUUUCAGUGUCCACUCAAAUGUAUGUUGUACAACUGAGUGUAGAUUGAAUCAUUUGAUCAGCAAUUUUGCUUCUAUCUGGAUGUGCUGUCUCAAA